AUGGCUUCUCCAGUUGUUACACAACCUCAGGUGUUGCAGGGGCAUAUUGUCAGCCAGUGGAGUACUGAACUUAUGGACUGCUGUGAUGACAAGGGCACCUGUCUGUUAGGAGCAUUUUGCCCACCUAUUUUGGCUUGUAAAGUUGCCUCAGCUUAUGGGGAAUGCUGCUGCCUACCAGUGCUGUUUGGAUCAACACUUGCUUUAAGAACAGGGAUAAGAGAACGUUACCACAUUCCAGGCAGUAUCUGUAACGACUGUGUGUACCUCACAUUCCUUGCUCCAUGUGCACUCUGUCAGAUGGCUCGUGAGCUCAAGAGGAGAAUGAAAUGAAGUCCAGACAGCUGUUGUAAGGGUUGUUUAAGUAUUAAAAACCAUAUUCAUCAAGGACAAUGACAUUCUAGGUUCGACACUGUGGUACAGAAUAUAAAACCAGCAAAUCUUCUACUUAUAUUUUUUAUAUACUAAUUUUAUCAGCAGCACAUAUCUAUUUUCAUACUGUAUUUAGCACCAUUAUUGUCUAACCUACUGAGUCCUAUGAUUUUGUGUUGCUUUGUGUAACUUACACUUUGCUUAAAUAUCAUAUUUAAAUACAAUCUGUGCAUUAAAUAAAUAAAAAUAAAUCAA